AUGACGACACGUGCUGCUGCCCGUCAAGCAGUGCGCUCUCAGUAUUUCUUCGUAGCAAACGACGAGGAAGCCUUUUCUGUCUUCGGGAGGCAAGAAGUGCAGGACAUCAAUACCAUCCGUCAAGUGACAGAUGUGGGAUACCUGGUCUUCUUCUUGCUGGUCGUCUUGGUGAUGGCUAAGCUUGACGCCGAUGCAGUCUCCAAGGGAAAUGUCUUGAGGCUCUCCGAGCCGAUCGACUUUCAGGGUCGGCUCUGUGGCUACGAUGACGAGGUGAAGGACAAGCCCCUGGGCUACCAUCCGAACCCGUUCAACGACAUGGUCAUUUGCGUUUCAGCCUGCCCGCAGACGGCCACCGAUGGCACUUUCACCUUGCCCGAUGGCCCCAUGGGGAAGGAGCACACCCGGCCAGCCUACCCGACGGACAAUAUCUAUGGUCAGCUGUGCUUGCCCUUAGAUUUGGAGCUUGCACGCCUCAUUAUCUCUGUCAAGAGUGUCCAGACGGAGAUGUACAAAGCCCUAGGAGUGAUCUUCACAUCCUCACACGGCAUUUUAGUUGUGCUUGCGGUGCCUUUCGUGACAUCCUUCAUCUACCUGAUCGCUCUUUACUAUAUCCCCACUGCUGCUACCACCUUGGCCUUCUCCAUCACGGCCGUUACUUUGGCCUUGGUCGGAGUGCUCAUGGAUCUUGACCUGAGUGUCAUGAAGGGCAUCGACCUCUUCAAGGAGACGCACCCCCUGAUGCUGAUGGCCUUCCCCUACUUCCGAACCUGCUGCUACCUGUCCAGCUUCUUAUUCUUCCUGGUCCUUGGCGCAACGAUCUCAGCCAUGGUGCGGGCGCAUGCUGUCUUCCGAGAGUGUGUGGCUGCAAUCUUUGAUCCGAACGUCCUGGUCACCGUUUUCACGAGUGUGGCGCUGUCUGUCAUUCGCAUUGGCUUCAUCCUUUACGUGUGCAGGCGCUUAGCGCUGCUCAUGAGCAUCGUGGAGCCCUACCAG